GGCAGCUGUCAAGACCCACAGCAAUGGCGGCUCAUCUAGAGGCUGGGUUUCACUGCGCCGGGGUCAGCUGUAAAGGUCGUUACGAGCCAGUGACAGGAGCGAAACACUCGAACAGAUGUCUUAAAUUGCACAGCGGGAGAUGUUAAAGGACGACCUUCAGUACUAGCAUGAUGUCUGGCGGGCGGUUGGAGAUAAAUACCAUUAGACGGAGCUGUAGCGUCGCCGCGGUGAGAAUGUACGCGGUAUAAACCCCGAGGAGAAAGCGCUGCUGCUGAGUAAGCUCUCAGCUCGGGCUAGCCGGGUGGCUAACUGGUCAGACUUUACGUGCUCGGACAUGAAUUUCUGCGUGAUCUCUGUUCGUUUACACCAAAUGCGACGAGCUGCUUAGUUAUUUCACCCAGGUUAGUUUGACCGCUACGUGGACCGUGACGUAUAUUAUGUUUUCGUGCGUGAACAUUUCGCUGUCACUGCAGCGUCCCACAAAACCCCGUCUGGGGUAACGGAGGUCAACUCAAUACAUCACCGGUCAUCAGGCAGGAUGACGGAAGCCGAGGGACAUGUACAGGAGGACGGCACCGGGCGGUCAUCGUUUCCGCCGCCGCUGUCACACCGAAAGAGAUUCCCGGUGCAGAAGAACAACGUCUGUUCACGAUCAUACUUCGUAGUGGUCAUGGUUUUCUUCCACGUCUACAUCCUUAAUGUCAUCGCACUGUUACUGUACGUGCAUUACAACACCGGCUCUGAUGCGGGUGUAUCCUCCAGACCAGAGCAGAUCAGAGGUCCUAAAAGCCCCCCUAGCGGGGGCUCUUACACACACCUCCCGCGCAUCGAGGGGAUACGGGUUGGUCAUGUGCAAAAAGUGUCUCUGGGGUCUGGAAAAAUGCAUGAGAUGAAGACCCUCAGUCUGAAGCCUCUGCUCUUUGAAAUUCCUGGUUUCCUCUCUGAGAGAGAGUGUGCAGUGCUGAUGCAUCUUGCUCAGCUGAAGGGCCUGGUGGAAAGUCAAGUCAUGGUGCCUGAGGGACAGGAGGAACUCAGCCAGCAGCUAAACCUCAGUGCUGAAGAGAUCUUCCAUUUGCUUGAUCUCAAUCAGGAUGGCCAGCUACAGCCACAUGAGAUUUUAACACAUUCCAGAGUGAGAGAUGGUAUCUGGCUAACUCCUGAGAACCUCAAGGAGAUCUAUGCUGGCCUCAAGGUGGACCAGGAUGGUAACGGUCUCUUGAGUGUAGAGGAGUUUGGGCAGCUGAGCAGUGACGCAUUCCAGCGUUUCCUACACCAGCGGGGGGUGAACAGGAACCAGUUAGUGAGGAACAGCAGACACACGUGGCUCUACCAGGGUCAGGGAGCACAUCAGGUCCUCAGAGAUCUCCGCAACAGGGUCACACGUUUAACAAAGCUUUCAUCUGAACUGGUGGAGUUGAGUGAACCUCUUCAGGUGGUGCUUUAUGAGCAAGGUGGUCAUUACCAUGCUCAUCACGACAGCGGGCCAGUUUACCCCGAGACAACCUGCACACACACUCACCUCACUGUCAACUCGUCCUCGCCGUUCCAGACGUCCUGCAGGUACAUUACUGUACUGUUUUACCUGAACACAGUAGAGGAAGGAGGAGAAACCACCUUUCCUGUAGCAGACAACAGAACUUAUGACGAAGUGGCUCUUAUACAGGACGAUGUGGAUUUGUUGGAUACGAGAAAGCACUGUGAUAAAGGGAACCUGAGAGUGAAGCCCACAAUGGGAAAAGCAGUGUUCUGGUAUAACUAUCUGUCCGAUGGAAAUGGCUGGGUGGGUGAACAAGACGAAUACGCACUACAUGGAGGCUGUGUUGUUACUCGAGGGGUAAAAUGGAUUGCCAACAACUGGAUCAAUGUUGACCCAGACUACCAACGACAAACCCGGUACCAGCAGCUCAUGUCUCAGCAGCCGGAAUCUCAGGAGCAGCAGCACCCAGACCCACACCAAGACCUGUAACUACAUACAUGUUUUUCACAAGACUUGCAGUACACAUGCAUUUGCAUUGUCCAUGAACAAAGACACAAGGAGAUCUGUAAACAAAUGUAGACACACACAAGCAAGGCAUGUACAAGCAUAGAAACACACUGUGCUGGAACAUGCACAUCAGAGAUAUAUAUAUAUAUAUAUAU